AUGCUGCCGGCGCUGCUGUGGCUGCUGCUGGCCGCCCGUGCCGGCCGCGCCGCGCCGCCGCCGCCCGCACCUGCCGAGCCCGGCGCGCCGCCCGCCCGGCCCCCCGCCCCCGGGCCGCCCAGCGGGGCCGUGCGGCGCCUCGACCCGACCUACGCGGGGGGCGGCAGGGCGGGCUACGUGCUCUACGCCGGGGGACAGCGCUUCCUGCUCGACCUGGAGCGCGACGGGCCGCGCUGCCACUACCGCGGCACGGUGGACGGCAGCCCGCGCUCGCUCGCCGUCUUCAACCUCUGCGGCGGCCUCGACGGCUUCUUCGCCGUGGGCAGCUCCCGCUACACCGUGCGCCCGGCGCGCCGCGCUCCGCACGCAGAGGCCGCGGCGCGGAUCUACGGCGAGGGCCCGGCCCGCGCCCCCCACGUCUUCCGCAGGGAGAGCUUCAGCUUCGAGACGGUGCCGGCCCGCACCAGCUGCGAGACCCGGGACCCCGCCAGGCCGGCGGGCGGGGACGGGCGGCGGCGGCGGCGGCGGCGCUCCGUGUCCCGGGCCCGGCAGGUGGAGCUGCUGCUGGUGGCCGACGCCUCCAUGGUGCGCAAGUACGGCAAGGGGCUGCAGCACUACCUGCUCACGCUGGCCUCCAUCGCCUCCCGGCUCUACGCGCACGCCAGCCUGGAGAACCACGUGCGGCUGGCCGUGGUGAAGGUGGUGGCGCUGGGCGACAAGGAGAAGGGGCUGGAGGUCACCAGGAACGCCGCCACCACGCUCAAGAACUUCUGCAAGUGGCAGCACCAGCACAACCGCCUCGACGACGACCACGAGGAGCACUACGACGCCGCCAUCCUCUUCACCCGCGAGGAUUUAUGUGGGCAUCAUUCCUGUGAUACCCUGGGAAUGGCAGACGUUGGGACCAUCUGCUCCCCCGAGCGCAGCUGCGCGGUGAUUGAAGACGACGGCCUCCACGCAGCCUUUACGGUGGCUCACGAAAUUGGGCACUUGCUUGGGCUUUCCCAUGAUGACUCCAAGUUCUGUGAGGAGAACUUUGGCUCCAUGGAGGACAAGCGCCUGAUGUCCUCCAUUCUGACCAGCAUUGAUGCUUCAAAACCCUGGUCCAAGUGCACUUCAGCAACUAUCACAGAGUUCUUUGAUGAUGGCCAUGGGAACUGCCUGCUGGACCAGCCCAGGAAGCACAUCGUGGGCCCCGAGGAGCUGCCGGGGCAGACGUACGACGCCAUCCGGCAGUGCAAGCUGGCGUUCGGCACCGAGUACACCGUGUGCCCCGGCAUGGACGUGUGCUCGCGCCUCUGGUGCGCCGUGGUGCGCCAGGGACAGAUGGUCUGCCUCACCAAGAAGCUGCCCGCCGUCGAGGGAACCCCCUGUGGCAAGGGGAGGAUCUGCCUCCAAGGGAAAUGCGUGGACAAAACCAAGAAGAAAUACUACUCUGCCUCAAGCCAUGGCAACUGGGGGUCCUGGGGCCCCUGGGGACAGUGCUCCCGUACCUGUGGGGGAGGAGUGCAGUUUGCCUAUCGGCACUGCAACAACCCAGCCCCCAGGAACAACGGGAGGUACUGCACAGGCAAGCGGGCCAUCUACCGCUCCUGCAACGUCACCCCCUGCCCUGCCAACGCUAAAUCCUUCCGACAAGAGCAGUGUGAAGCAAGGAAUGGCUAUCAGUCUGAUGCAAAGGGGGUCAAGACUUUUGUGGAAUGGGUCCCCAAGUAUGCUGGAGUACUGCCUGGAGACGUCUGCAAGCUCACCUGCCGAGCCAAAGGAACUGGUUAUUAUGUGGUAUUUUCUCAGAAGGUCACCGAUGGCACCGAGUGUCGGCCCUACAGCAACUCAGUCUGCGUGCGAGGGAAGUGCAUCCGAACGGGCUGCGACGGCAUCAUCGGAUCCAAGCUGCAGUAUGACAAGUGUGGGGUGUGUGGAGGAGACAACUCCAGCUGCACAAAAGUCAUGGGAACCUUCACCAAAAAGAGCAAGGGCUACACGGACGUGGUGAAGAUCCCUGAAGGAGCCACCCACAUCAAGGUGCGGCAGUUCAAGAGCAAGGACCAGAGCAGGUUCACGGCCUACCUGGCGCUGAAGAAGAAGAACGGGGAGUACCUGGUCAACGGCAAGUACAUGAUCUCCACCUCGGAGACCAUCAUCGACAUCAACGGCACCGUCAUGAACUACAGCGGCUGGAGCCACAAGGACGACUUCCUGCACGCCAUGGGCCACUCGGCCACCAAGGAGAUCCUGAUCGUGCAGAUCCUGGCCACCGACCCCACGCAGCCCGUGGACGUGCGCUACAGCUUCUUCGUGCCAAAGAAACAGGCCCAGCUGCCAAACUCCGUCCCCGGCGGCAGCGGCAAAGCGCCGGUGCCGGCGGCACAGCCCCGCUGGGUGACGGGGCCCUGGCUCUCCUGCUCUCGAACGUGCGACACGGGCUGGCACACCAGGACUGUGCAGUGCAAGGAUGGGCACGGGAAACUGGCCAAGGGAUGUCUGCUCUCCCAGAGACCCUCAGCCUUCAAACAGUGCUUGCUGAAAAAGUGCUAACCUGUGGUGCUGCUGAGCUGCUCUCCAGGAGGUUUGAGUAAGCCGCUGUUGGCGUGCUGGUGUCAGGUCUGCCCACACAAACAGGAGCAAAGGCUUCAAAGUUGUGUUCAGUCUCUAAUUAUGGGCAGAAUCUGCCUGUUCGGACCAAAUGAAGAUGUGCACUGCUUUAAAUAAUGGUAGGGUGGUCUAAAUACGUCAAAGAAAGUAAGGUUAAAGUUGUUAUAAGCCCUCUGUGUCUGCAAAAACGUAAAAUAAAAUAAUGCAAAAGAAGAAAAACUAGUGAAUGGAGGAUCCUGGGAUAUUUGAAGGUUACAGAAUCAUCUCCCCUUUUUUCACCUACCUCUACUACAGUAUGUCCUUAGGAAACGUCACAUGUCCCCAUGAUCCCACAGUAGAUUAUUUUAUACUGUUUUGUAAAUAUCUUUCAGUUGGUAUAUCACUUUAUAUCACUUCCUCUAUUAAAGAAAUCAAAAGACAAACUACAUAAGCAAAAUGAUUGACCAAAGUAUAUCUGCAGCCCUUGUGGACUUGGUCCAUCCUUCAGAAAGGGCCACAGAUGUUUUACUGGAAAAUGAAGAGCUUGCUGCUGGUUUUAAAAAGUGAUACCUUUUGGUUUUGACAAAAGGAAAUACGUUUUCACGGUAGGAAUUUCCUGACAGUAUAUCAUUAAUGUCUGACAAACCCUGUGUUUCCACCCCAGAAUUCUCAGGAGGAGCCUUGCAGCUGCUUGCAGAGCAGGGAACCCCCAUUGCUCCUGCAGCAGGAGCAUCAGUAGCUCCUCCUUGUGUGUGUGUCAGACAUGCACCCAAGGAGGAGCUGGCUGCAGGAGGAGUUUGUGUGUAUACUCUGUGCUUGUAAAACUCCCUGGUUCCAGCUGUGUCACAGCCUGGCUCCUUGUUGUCACUGAGCAAGAGCUGCUCGAGCUGCUCCUCUCCUUCAAACAAAGGCAUACUGUGCUUUGUAGAAAACUAGUUAGAGAUCCCAAACUUACAGGUGAGGUAAUCAAGUGUCUUCUAACUCAGAUAUUCUGAGGCUGUGUUCAGCUGCUUUCUCUGGUAUUUUCUCUAUGGCUUCUGCCUUGAAUUUAACAAUGUGUAAUGUACCUACAUCUUUUCAAGAGGCUCUCAAGGUCAAAAAAACACAGCAAGCAGUUAAUAUUUUAUCACUGUUUUGUCCAUCGUGUCUAACUCUGGUAUUCAUCUUACCAGCAAAAGUUUGUAACUAUUUGUCUUUUUUUUUUUUAUUGUUUUGUGUGUGUUUGGGGUUUUUUAAAAGCUAUAGAAGGCAUUCAUGUUUUGUAUAUCUACAUUUGGGAGGAAGAGGGGUCACUAGGAAGUCAGACCACAUCAGGAUGUGGAGGACUUGUCCAAUAUCAAUAAGACUGUUUCCACAGCACAGGCAGUAGCUGGUAACAGUUUUCCUUGGCAGCAAUUCCUGAAUCCUGUUAUUGUCUUGUGGAAGUUCUGUCACUGAGGCUGGACAUUUUACCUUGUGCAGGUGGAGGCCUGAGAGCAACCUUGGU